UCAGCGUCAAAUCAGUGACCUCUGUAAAUUGUCAGUCACAAGGAGGCUAGCCUUCGGUCAAUUAAGAGUUAAAUAUAGGGAGAAAAAAAUCAUKUUUUUAAAAACAAAUUGUUUUAAACUUUUAUGCACUUAGCAUUGUCGAUGCUUUGACGUCUUAUUUUAUUUGAGAAAAAUGACAUAUCGAAUGACUGGAUAAAGUGAAUGUGGCGGUAUCAGAGGCCAGGGUUUGAGGCCUUACUCCUGGCAGAGCUUCAGAGACAGCAGAGGUGCAGACAGUUCUGUGACACGGUGCUCCGAGCAGACGGGGUGUCAGUACCGGCCCACAGUUGCAUCCUGUUCACCCUAAGCCCCCAGCUGUCAUGUGCCCUGUCCACCUCACCGGCACCUCCCUCUGGGCAAAGCCACCUACUGGAUUUCCAGGCUUUUGGGGCAUGCACCCUGGUGAGGCUGGUGGGUCUGCUGUACUCUGGGGAGAUGGUGGGAGAGGCGGAGAGGCAGGAGGGGAUUUCUGCUGCUCCUAGGCUGGGCAUCCAAGGACUGGUGGAGGUCGGAAAGAGGGAUGACAAGAAAGAAAGGGAGGUGGAAGAUGUGGUCCAUCAGUCAAGGAGAAGAACGGGUCCAAGCUUGGUGGAGGAGAAGAGACUGAUGGAGUGGGUAUCACAAAGGAACGUGGGGGUGCAAACGGACAGAAUAGUCAAACGGACUGUCUGCACGGCAGAGCAGUGAAGCUCAGACAGAGAGAAAGAUGGGAGGAGAAAGAGGGAGGAGAGAGAAGAGAGGAGGAGAAGCACUCACCAUGAGUCUCGGAGAGAGGAUGAAAACGACUCCGGGACUCAGGCAUGUGAGUUGAAGGGAAAUGAGACAGACACUGGUGACUCUAACAGUGGCUUUUCCACUGGGCURGUCUGUUCCACUGUGGACUCUGAUCUCGUGACCUCACUCACUGGUUCAGCUGGGCCAGUUUUCCUCAGUGCGUCCCAUGUUGAUGAUGUCAUCCCUUUCCAGGGAACGGAGGCCUCUGGUUCUGUUGUCCCUGUUCCCCUCUCCAUACCGUUCCCCCUUAAUAUCCCCUACAUCCCUCUGUCUCACCUGCUUUACUGUCCCCCAGCUGAUAAUCACACCCCUAACAAUCCCCAUCCUACCAUCUUCAUGCCUUCUGGGGAAUCUGCACCCAUUUAUUUCCUCCCCUCUCCCCUCUCCUCCCUCAUCCCUUUAUCCAUCUCAUCCGUGACCCUGUCUACGUCUGACCCAGAGCAUGUGACCGAGGGGCGCCACCCCUUCACCUCUGACCCCCAGACAUGGAGGAUGGGGCUACCAGGAGGAGAAGGCCUUGGAUCAGGGGGGAGGGAGAGGCAGAAGGGUUUGAGCGCUUCGAGGGAAACAUCGCUGGAUUCAUCAGUUACUUCCUC